ACAACACAUAUUUUCUGUCUUCCGUGUUUUUCAUUGGCUUUCAACUGAGCCAUUCUUCUAUCCACCAAUGUAAGAUAGUGAACAAUGGGUCAUUUUGAAGCCAGCGAAAACAUGGAAUACCGAAAAUAAGUGCUGUAUAUAUGGGACCCUCCUGUACAUAUAUUCCAGGGUGCACCUCUCCUUUGUAAAUAUAACACCGUAUGUACAUCAAACUACCACACAGCAUUUAGGAACCAAGUGACGGGAUCCCCGUCUAAUUUAUAAAGUUGAUAUAUAAAUGAGGGACUUGAUGAAGAGAAUCACAUGUCGCACACAUGUUGGGGGUUACCAGAAGAUGAAGUACUAUGAAUAUUGAAUGUUAAAGUGUUGCAGUGAAUGUUAAAUUGUUUUACUGAUCUCCUGCAAACCCCCCCCUGCCCCCCUAAUUGAUCUCCUUAGGGUUACUAUUGGUUGCACAAAUUGAUGCUCAGAUUUCAUGGUUGACCUGACAUGUUGGUCUGUUAAUGUGAUAUGUUAAUCUGUUCAUACAUUUUUGUGGGACAACAACACAAUCAUUAUCAGACAAGCUUAGUAAUAAUGAGCCCAGAGUGUGGUCUCAUCAGGGUAUACCUGGAUGCUACACCAGGUUCAUCUUUCUCUUAAUCUACAGAUGCUACACCAGGUUCAUGUUUCUCAUAGUUUACAGAUGCUACACGAGGUUCAUGUUUCUCAGAGUGCUACAUAAAGUUCGUGUUUCUCACAGUACUAUGUGAAGUUUAUGUUUCUCAUAAAAGUACAGUUCAUCCCAUUAAAGUGUAACAGUGUUACUCGGAGGGAACUCCUUUCUCAGGCUCAGAAUUCCUAAGCAACGGUGAAUGUUUUAGACCAUGAAGCAUAACUUGGUGCUAAAUGCUCGUGCUGAUAACCCACUGCAGUGUUGACCUCCCAUGGAGCACAGCCACAGGCACAAUACCAGCCACCAGUGUCUCAACCUUCACACACACACGCAAACUCAAAUAUUCACACACAGACUAUACACAAACAGGUAAUAACACCUUCGUUAAGUGUGGUGGUGUUUGGCUCGCUCUCUAAAGUAGAAUUUGUCACAGAUAUCAAUGUUAUUGGCUAGCUAAGGAAAUUGACAUUACAAAGGGUCAGUGCUGUAUUCAUUGCUAUGCCCACCUCAAGAUUUUUUGUCAUGUCUACUCAUCAUCUUGUGAAAACUUCCAAACUUGUUUGUAAUCAUGAUAGAAUAAAUAAGUAACCUCACA